AAAAAAGAGGCUUCGUUAGUCAGUGAGAAAAAAACAAAUCAGAUUGAGUGGUGUCUGAAGAUCAGUUCAUUUAAAGUUCAUUCUGCAAAUCUUCAAUUUCGUUUUGUCUUUAUUUAAAAAGAAAAUAACGAUUUAUUCAACAAAAGGAAGCUAAAUCGACGGUACAGUUUUGUCAGAUUAGAAGCAAUCAUAAAUACACAAACAGAGAGGGUUUUAAACUCUUGAUCCCAAAAAAAAUGCAAACUACAAAAACAAGGCCUGGUUCUUUAGAGCUGAAGAAAUCUUCUUUACCAACUCCCAAAACUGCUCGGAGAGUUAAACCAACCGGGUUAGAAUCCGAUCCAAAAACCAAAACAUCACCAAAAACUCAAGUCCCUAAACUAAAGUCUCCAAGAAUCCCUCUUAAUGAGAUUCAGAAGAAGAGGACAGGGAGGAUACCAGAGUUGGAAUCUCAAGUAUCUCAGCUUCAGGAAGAGCUUAAGAAGGCAAAGGAAGAGCUAAGCAGAUCAGAAGCAUUAAGAAGAGAAGCUAAACAAGAAGCUGAAGAAGCUAAGCGGCACCUAAAGGAGAUCAAUACCUCAGAAGAUUCAAGAAUUGAGGAGCUGCGUAAACUCUCACAGGAGCGAGACAAGACAUGGCAAUCUGAGGUUGAUGCUAUGAAGAGACAACACGGUUUGGACUCAGCUGCUUUGUCUUGUGCUAUUACCGAGGUUCAGAAGCUGAAGUCUAAGCUCUUUGAGACUGAGUCUGAGUUAGAGAAGUCUAGGUUUGAGGUAAGGUCUUUAGAGAAACUUGUUACAGACUCAUCAUCAUCAGGGGAAGUGGAGACGAUGAAAGAAGCAAUGAAUCUCGCGAGGCAAGAGAUAAGUGAGUUAAAAUCUGCGGUUGAAUUAGCUGAGAGAAGGUACCAAGAUGAGUAUAUACAAAGCACGUUGCAGAUAAGAAGCGCUUAUGAACAAGCAGAGGCGGUUAAGUUAAAGUAUUCACAGAGAGAGGCAGAGUUAGCUGAGGAACUGAAGAGAACACAAGCUGAAGUUGAGGUUUUGCGCAAAGGGUUAAUGGAUAGGAAGAAAGAAGAUGAUUUCAAGAAUCUUGAGUCUGACUUAAUGGAAGUGAGAGGGAGUUUGAUGGACAAGGAGAUGGAGUUGCAGAGUCUGAGGAGUGAAAUGGAGAAGAGAGUUCAAACAGUAAACACUGAAGCCAUGGAAGCUGAGCUAAGAAGAGUGAAGGUUCAGUGUGAGCAAUGGAGGAAAGCUGCUGAGACGGCAGCUUCUAUACUGAACAAUGAGGAAGAGAGAAUGGAUUCUGUUGAGAAUGGUAAAAUGUUGAAGAAGUUUGGUGUGUUACUCAAGAAAAACCACAAGUAAUAAUGAUUCUUUUUGGUUCUAUUUUAAGAGGUUGAAAAAUUGGCAUUGCUAUUGUUUGUAAAUUUGUAAACUUCGAUUUGAUUUCUAUAAGUUUAUUUCUCUUCUUCUUGUAAGUGUUGCCACUUUUGGUGUUGAAAACUUUAUUGUGAAGUGAUAUUUUGCAUUCAAGAAAUUUA